UGUAUUUUUAAAAGGUCACUUGAGAUGUUUUUUAUCACCUGCUGGGUAAUGCUAAUAUGCAUGAUAUGUGUCAAAUAUUUAUUUGUGGGGAGGAAGAUACAGACAACUGGGUGUAGAGGUUAUCUUAUUGAUUCAGCUUACAACAACACAGCGACCCACCCAUUCUCCCCUGCUCUGUCUCUUUUGUUGUGGUUGCUGCCGAUGGUUUGGCCCACAAAGCCGGUCAUUGCUGGCCACGCUGCCAUAGCAACCAGGAAAUACUCACCGCCGUCAGUGGAGUAGUGUGUGUGUGUGUGUGUGUGUUUGUGUCUUAGGGGGAUAGAGAGAGCAGAACGUGGUGAGUGGGAGUCCAGACGGACCACAACAACACAAGAGACUGAUUUUCACCUUUCGCCUUCAAAUUCUCUCCUUUUCCUCGCUUUAUCUUCCAGCUGGCUUCUGGCUCAGAUGGCUGCCAGCACCGCAGCCCCGACUCUCCUGCCUCCAGUGAAGAGCGUGAUGGUGUAUAAGAACGGUGACCCCUUCUACAGUGGGCGGAGGUUCGUGGUCAACCAGAGACAGGUGGCAACCAUGGAGGCCUUUCUGACUGAAGUGACACAGAGCAUUGGUGCUCCGCUUGCCGUCAGGACUCUGUACACCCCCAGACAGGGCCACAGGGUCCCAAACCUCCAGGAUCUUCAGACAGGAGCCCAGUAUGUCGCUGCUGGCUUUGAAAGGUUCAAGAAACUGGAUUACCUGAGCGCAAGAUCGAAAAAGCAGCCUGCUGGCCGUGAAGAAACCCAGGCCAAAGUGACCCAGAGGCCAAAUGUUUCAGCCAAAUGGAGGAAGUUUAUACCUCUGCCUUGCAUUAUACACGUUUUCCGUAAUGGAGAUUUCCUGUGUCCACCAUUCCGAUUCAUCAUUCCUCGGAGCAUGCAGCAGGACCUGGAGCAGAUCCUGAGUCUGGUCACGGAGAAGGUCAGCUUACGGACCGGAGCCGUGCGCAGGUUGUGCUCUUUGGAAGGAGCGACUGUGUCCUCAGCUGUGGAGCUGGAGACUGGCCACUGCUAUGUUGCUGUGGGAACCGAGAGGUUCAAGAAACUUCCUUAUGUGGAGCUGUUGGUUUCAAAAGCUACAGAAAGAUAUUACCCAGGACAGAGAAGGCUGUUAAGGAGAAAUGAGAACAGGAAAGCUGGAAGCGGUCCAGAAGACCAGUACAGUGACUCAGCCCUCCUCGACUCCCCAGAGUCAGAUGGUCGGAGGGUGAAGUCGACAGGAGAUGAAAGAGCAGCUCCAGCAGAGCAGAGGAGCAGGAGAGAGCGAGCAGAUGAGACGUCUGCCUUCUUCUCCAGGCCGGUCAAGAUCAGAGGACAGCCAAGACCGCCACUCAGCAACGGAUCUGUCCAGCCCAGCGUGUUUAAAAGAGCAGCGAGGAAGAGAAGAGAGGAGGUACGAGGUGCCGAGGAGGUGCAUGAGGAUGAAAACACAGCUACAGAGCUUCCUGUUGACCAGAGAGUUGCAGAAACAGUGGACGAGGAACUAAACAACCAAAACGAUCCUCUGCACAACACACAGCAGAGACAUGCACACGUUAUAGAGAGUGAGCAGCACAAUGGGAGAGAACACCCGCACAAACACAAUGGAAAGCAGGCUCCGUCAUCUGAACAAGACGGUGUGAAACAGACAGAAAAUGAUGCUAGGACUGAAAUACUGGAGCCUGAGCAGAAGCAGACGUCUUCAAAGUCAAGGCCUUCGUCGUCCACCUCUCAGGGACAGAACGUGGAAGGAGAGGAGAGCCCACAGGACGCCUUGUUAGCAGUAGAGCAUCAUCAGGAGGACCGGUGAGAGACGAUUUACAGCAGACGACCCAGCGACUGUUUCUACGAUGACCUAAUGCGGCUAAAUUAAUGUUUGAUUUAAUUGGUAGUUCUUUAACUGUGUUGAUGAGCCAAGCAACAACUUUUAAUUUGUUAUUUACAAAAAUCAAUAAUGUGAAAAGGCUCAGACUAAAUAAGAACGAGCGCUACAGGAGAUGGACACCAUCAUAAGCUCCAGUACAAUCCUACGUCUUCAAUCCACC